GGACUGCUCGCUCAUUCCCAUUUGCUCCCGCUGCGCAGCACGUCCCAUCUCGAUGCCCUUAAAGGGCUCCGGUGGCUCCGCGGCAUCCUCUGUCGCUGAGACCUGCACUUGCCGCAGCAAUUGUGGGGUGGACGACAGGGAAGCCGAGAAACCGAAAAAUGGACCCAGUGGCCUUUGAGGAUGUGGCUGUGAACUUUACCUUGGAGGAAUGGGCUCUGCUGGGGCCUUCACAGAAGAAACUCUACAGAGAUGUGAUGCGGGAAACCUUGAGGAACCUGGCCUCAAUAGGGGGAAAAUGGGAAGACCAUAACACUGAAGAUCAGUACAAAAACCAGGGAAGAAAUCUGAGAAGUCAUAUAUUACAGAGACACUGUGAAAGUGAAGGAGGUAGUCAGUGUGGUGAAAACAUCAGCCUUAUUCCAAAUCUUAAUCUGAACAAGAAAAAUUCUACUGCAGCAAAACCAUGGGAGUGCAGUGUGUGUGGAAAAGUCUUCAUGAGUCGUUCAUCCUUUAAUAGGCACGUUAGAUCUCACACUGCACCCAAACCAUCCAGGUAUCAGGAACAUGGAAAGAAGCCUUAUAAAUGUAAGGUAUGUGGGAAAGCCUUCAGUUAUCUCCAGCCUUUUCAAAAACAUGAAAGUAAUCAUGGUAUAGAGAAAUCCUAUAAAUGUAAGGAAUGUGGGAAAUCCUUUAGAUAUCGCCAAUCUGUUCGAAAACAUGAACGGACUCACACUGGAGAAAAACCCUAUCAAUGUAAACAAUGUGGGAAAGCCUUUCGAUAUCAUCAAACCUUUCAAACACAUGAAAGAACUCACACAGGAGAGAAACCCUAUGAAUGUAAGCAAUGUGGUAAAGCUCUCAGUUGUCCAAGUUCCUUUCGAAGUCAUGAAAGGACUCAUACUGGAGAAAAACCAUAUGAAUGUAAAAAGUGUAGUAAAGCCUUCAGUUGUCCCAGUUCUCUUCGAAAACAUGAGAGAACUCAUACGGGAGAGAAACCUUAUGACUGUAAGGAAUGUGGGAAAGCCUUCAUUUCUCUUGGAAGCUUUCAAAGACACAUGAUAACACAUACUGGAGUUGGACCUUAUAAAUGUAAGGAAUGUGGAAAAGCAUUCAAUUGUCCCAGUUCAUAUAGAAUACAUGAAAGAUCUCACACUGGAGAAAAACCCUAUGAAUGUAAACAAUGUGGUAGAGCCUUCAGUUGUUCCAGUUCCUUUCGAACACAUGAAAGAACUCACACUGGAGAGAAACCUUAUCAAUGUAAGGAAUGUGGAAAAGCCUUCCAUUGGCUCACCACUUUUCAAGUCCAUGUGAGAACUCACACUGGCGAAAAACCCUAUAUAUGUAAGCAGUGUGGGAAAGCCCUCAGUUGUCCCACUUCAUUUCGAAGACAUGAACGGACUCACACUGCAGAGAAACCCUAUGAAUGUAAGCAAUGUGGGAAAACCUUCAGUUCUCCUCUAGGUUUGCAAAUACAUGAAAGAACUCACACUGGAGAGAAACCCUAUAAAUGUGAGAAAUGUGGGAAAGCAUUUGUUUCUCUCACAAGCUUUCGGAGACACAUGAUGACGCACACUGGAGAUGGACCUUAUAAAUGUAAGGAAUGUGGGAAAGCAUUUAAUUGUCCCAGUUCAUUUCGAAUACAUGAAAGAACUCACACAGGAGAGAAACCCUAUGAAUGUAAAAUAUGUGGUAAAGCCUUCAGUUGUUCCAGUUAUGUUCAAGUACAUGAAAGAACUCAUACUGGAGAGAAACCCUAUGAAUGUAAGGAAUGUGGGAAAGCCUUCAUUUACCGCACAACCUUUCGAGGUCACAUGAGAGUGCACACUGGUGAGAAACCGUAUAAAUGUAAAGACUGUGGGAAAGCCUUUAGUCGACCCAGUUCAUACAGAAGCCAUGAAAGAAUUCACACUGGAGAGAAACUUCUUGAAUGUAAGCAUUGUGGGAAAGCCUUUAAUUGGCCCACAUCCUUACAUAAACAUGUCAUGAGAAUGCACACUGGCUAAAUUAUAACUGAUAAAUACAAGAGAGCUUCCUAUCUUAACAAAUACUGGG